GGGAAAUAACAGUGUCUUCAUGGCGUCUAUACUCUGGGCAGUUUCCUCUUUGUACCAAGACAGAAAUUAGUGCCACUCUUGCAGGCGUGUUCAUUGCUAUCUUCCUUUCCAGCUCUGGCUUCUCCUCUCCACAGGUUGCAGGCUUUAAUUUUGGAAGGAACCGUCUCCCAGGAGGAGUUUUUCUAAAUUUCUGGCGGCCAAUAGGCGCCGAGGAGCCUCGUAUUCAGCCCAAUGAGGCUCAAAGCUGAGCUGUGGGAGGGACCGGCGAAGGGGGCGGGACAAGAGCUCCCUAGGUGGUGCCGACUGUGUGCGGCGCCCGCUUCCCUGCGCGGAGCAAUGAGUUGGACCUGCCCGCGUUGCCAGCAACCCGUUUUCUUUGCGGAGAAGGUGAGCUCCCUGGGCAAGAACUGGCAUCGCUUCUGCCUGAAAUGUGAGCGCUGCCACAGCGUCCUGUCCCCAGGAGGGCAUGCAGAGCACAACGGGAGGCCUUAUUGCCACAAGCCAUGCUAUGGGGCUCUCUUCGGACCCAGGGGGGUGAACAUUGGUGGUGUGGGCUCCUACCUCUACAACUCCCCCACUCCUGCCCCUGCCAGCACCACUCCCCUCAGCCCCAGCAGCUUUAGCCCCCCCAGGCCCAGGACUGGCCUCCCCCAGGGCAAGAAAACGCCAGCCCCUCAUGUUCUUUCACUUAACUACCAACUCUCUCUACCACCAGCUGAGAAGGUGAUGUCUUUGGGCAGAAAUUGGCACCGACCCUGUCUGAGGUGCCAGCGCUGCCGGAAGACCCUUACUGCUGGGAGUCAUGCUGAGCAUGACGGUGUCCCCUACUGCCACAUUCCCUGCUACGGCUACCUGUUCGGCCCCAAAGGUGUGAACAUUGGUGAUGUGGGCUGCUACAUCUAUGACCCUGUGGAGAUAAAAUCCAAGUGAGGCGCUCACAGAAGAGGUCACUCCAACUCGGACCUCACACCAUUCCCUCCAUGGUCCUAUGGGAGCUACAGAGUUCUUCAGUCCCCCAGGGGGAAGAUGGGCUUCAGGUGGCCUGGGCCUAGCCUCUAUGGUAGACCAGACUUUCUCUGCCAAUUCCUCCUUUUCCCAUGUCUAUCUGCUCAGGGGACCUAGGUGACCACAUUUUAAAGGGUAGCCUCCUGGCCUUCCCAAUCCCUUUCCCUAGCAAAUUCUAUAACUUCAAGGUACUUAUAAAACAUGUUUAUUUUGGCUUCUUCAAUAAACUGUUGGCUCCCA